UCUUUCUCAAAGUUCAGAAGUAUGUACAUCCUAUUAUAGUCAGUAAUACACCGGCUUUGCAUUUGAGGUGCGUAAUAAUCGUUAAAUGUCAAUUUUUACUUUGUGCCGUUGGAAACAUUCCAUGUGAUGGACGCCGAGCUCUGCAGCUCAGACCCUACGCCAGCUACAUAUAACGAUGCGCAGCGCUGCCCUGCAGUGUGGGACGGCGUGCUGUGCUGGCCCCGAACUACAGCUGCCGGUCUCGCUGUUGUCGCCUGUCCUGCUUACAACGGCUUCGACACCUCGCGAAGUGUGAGCAGGAAUUGCACCGCUGAGGGCACCUGGGCUGACUUAGGCCAAGACAACCUGACGGAGUUCUACAUGACUUGCCUGACGCCUGAGGUGCUCAACCUCCUGAAGACGGUCAGCGAGGCAGGGGGACAGCACCAGCUCUUGCUAAAAAUGAAAGUCGCAAAGGCAACAAGAAUCGUCGAAUUCAUCGGUUUAAUUUUAUCGCUAGCCUCGCUGUGGAUCUCCAUUGCAAUAUUUUCAUUCUUCAGAACGCUGUUCAACCGUCGUACACGUAUUCACCGCUGUUUGUUCAUGGCAAUGGUGGUGCACGCGAGUGUGCGUCUGGCACUGUACGUGGACCAGCUUAUCGUGCGCCGUGACUUCAGCCUCGAAGAAGAAGCUUAUCCUACCACGAGCGGCAUCGAGAAUAACGAAUGGUUGUGCAAGCUGUUCUACACGCUCCUCGAAUAUUCCAGAACAUCGAUGUUCAUGUGGAUGUUUGUUGAAGGUCUCAACCUUUAUCAGCAGCUAACUAGCAUGCGGCGCAGAACUAAAUUUAUUUACUACUACGUCAUUGGCUGGGGAGCGCCUGUAUCUCUGACGGUUGUCUGGCUCGCUGCCGUGGUUUCAACUAACAAAUCCAAGUGUUGGUUCGCCUACAAUCACUCGCCCAUUUACUGGAUCAUUGAAGGACCGAGGAUCGCAAUUGUCCUGGUGAACUUGGUGUUCCUCCUGGUGACGCUGCGCGUGCUGGUCGCUAAGCUCACUCACCGCCCUGACUGCAGCAGCGGCGAAGCGAGGCGCAUGCGGAAAGCGUUGCGGGCGACGGUGUUGCUGCUGCCGCUGCUGGGGAUCACGAACCUGGCGCACAUGGUCGCCGCGCCCCUCCACAGGUCCGUCGUGGAGUUCGCCCUCUGGUCCCUCAGCUCCCACUUCCUUUCCUCCUUCCAGGGCUUCUUCGUAGCGCUCUGCUACUGCUUCCUGAACGAGGAGGUGCAGGCCGCUGUCAAGCAGAACUGGAGGAACCGCCACCUGCAGCGACGCUUCCGAGGGCGUCUGGGGUCGUGGGGGUCCACGGCGGCGUGGGGGUCCAGUGAACAGGCAACCCCCCAUCCCCCAGCUGGAGGGGUUGUGGGGGUCCAGUGAGCAGGCAACCCUCCACCUCCCUUGCCAGCUGGAGGGGUUGUAAGGGUCCAGUGAGCAGGCAACCCUCCACCUCCCUUGCCAGCUGCAUGGAGGGGUUGUGGGGGUCCAGUGAGCGGGCAACCCCACCCUGCGCAAGUUGCUUGUACGUCUGGCCGCUAGCAGUCAAAAUUUGUUCUGCUUUUACAGUCACGUUGUAAUUUCGCAAUAUUCUACAGUUGUGAGGGUGAACAGUCAAAUUAUCAAAGUUGUGGCUGGUGUUAAUUGACUAUUUAAGUUGUUCAGAUAAUUAAUGAGUCCUGAAAAAUAAUAUUUGAUGAAUAGAGGGACGCGUGAAGCCCAAAAAUGUUUGUUUGUUUAUUUUUUAAGAACUUGAUUGACGGUGUCAGGGUCUACAUCAACACUGGGAGAAUAAAGGCGAUGACAUUUUUCGACACGCUCGAGCUUUUUAAAAAAUUCCAAAAUUACAGCUACAAUGAUUAUAGGCCCUAAGAAGAUAUUUUUUCAUUGUGUAAGGUUUAGAAGAAACUUGAGCAAUUAUUAACGAUUUAUAUUUCCAUAACAAAAUAUGAACGACGCAAAGUCCAAUAUACAGUAAACAUUCUCAAUACUGAAACUCAGUAUAGUUAUGGUACUAUCCCCGCAGUCAACAUCGAGAGCGCAGUUUGAGGCUCAGAAGAGCGAUAACAACAAACUGCAUCACCGAUUUACACGAUGUUUCCUCACUCCAAUUAAUACCUCCUGAUACACUAAAAGCGAACAUCUUACAAUGAGUCUUCUUCUUUUUCGAUGCACAUGAUGGCGUGUUUUCAACUUGUUCAACUCGAUUCUAAGCGAGAUAAAUAAUGAACAAAUCCAUUCACAAACACCGUCUUGAGUACGAGCUAUAAGAAAGACAUCUCAUAGAAAUGCGCUUCUCGUUUCACGGGUCAGAACCAAAAUAGACUUUCGUUCGCAGGUAUUUAUAUGGUACUUGACUUACAAGACUUACAACCUCAUCCUUAGCCAACGCAGCAGAUCAAAAUUCGUCGAUAAUUACAUUGGUUUCUCUACUCAUAAUACCUCGAAGUCUUUCGUGUUUUGCCGUUAACCACCAACACCACACGCACAAACA